GCCCGCGGGGAGCGCCGGGGCCGCGCCACCGCACCAUGCGGAGCCUGCGCGGAGCUCCGCCGGCGCUGCCACCGCUGCUGCUGCUGCUGCUGGUGCUGCUGGUGCUGUUCCUGGCCGCGGGGCACGGAGCCGUCAUCACCGGGGCCUGUGACCGGGACCAGCAGUGCGGAGCAGGGAUGUGCUGCGCCAUCAGCCUCUGGAUCCGCAGCCUGAGGAUGUGCACCCCGAUGGGAAACCUGGGAGAUGAAUGCCAUCCCCUGAGCCACAGAGUCCCUUUCCCCGGGCGGCGGAUGCACCACACCUGCCCGUGCCUCCCGGGCCUGGCCUGCCUACGGACUUCUCCCAGCAAAUUCAAAUGUUUACCAGACUUCAGAAAAGAAGACAUCUUCUUUUAGCAGGAACUGUUCUGCRCUAGAAGGAGCCGCUCGUUAUUUUCUUUUUCUCGUUGUUGUGACAAAAUAAGGUACUUGCCAGGAGAAGCCCUUCACACACCUUCCUGCCUCACCAACAUCAGAUGGAGAUGAGACGCUGUGCUCUUGUGGCCAAGGUUUUCAGGAGAGACUCACAGAGGAGGAUGCUUUCAUUUUGGGGUGGCAAAAUGGCAUCUGCUAGAGCAAAACUCUGUCUGAGGGCAGGGCCUUGACCAUUACUAAAUCAUUUUGUGGGCUCCAUGGUUCCAGUUUAACCCCAGAAUGAAAAAAAUCCAAGUGUAUUGCCAGUUUUGGAAAAAAUUGGCCACAUCUUUGCACUUUGGAAUGCCUGAGUUGAACUGAGAGUUGAAUAACUGUGUGAAACAUAUGAGAAUUGCCAAAAGAACUGUAUUUACGUUGCAUUUCAUAUCUUUAUUAAUAUAAUUUUCUUUGUAAGUUAGGCACACCUCUAGGGUAAAGGUUUAACCAAUAGAUGUAGGUUUUACACUUUUUAAAAGUGGCAGGUGGAACUAAAGCAUUUCAACAUUCAGAGCAUUUUGUUAUUUUAGUAUUCUGAGAAGUUGUUGUUACUUGAAUUGGUGUAAAACUACCUGAUCAUCUCAAACUAUGUAUUAAUAUGUAGUUUAUAUUAAAGAAAAAAGGAACCCUGAAGUGUAUUGUAAUGGGCUGCCUGACUUCUUGUAUAUGUAUCAAAUUUGCUGUGUAAAAAUUCUGUAUCAGAAUAAUGGCAAUGUACGAUUUGAUUUAUUUUA